AUGGAGCCCGGAAAACUAUCCAGGAUCUGCGCGCCAAUGGUGAACCAGUCCGACCAGCCAUUCAGGGAACUCGUUCACAGAUACGGCGCAACACUUGCCUAUACGCAAAUGCUGAAGCCCGAGCUGCUGCUGGACGAUCAAGACUACCUCGAACUCUGCUUGCGAGACUUGACUGCCAAACCACUCUCAGCAGACCAGCCCGUCGUCGUCCAGCUCUGCGGAAACGAUCCAGAAACACUCGUGAAAGGUGGUCGGAAACUGCAGCAAUAUUGCCAUGCGAUUGACCUCAAUCUUGGCUGUCCUCAGCAAGCUGCAUUGGACAAUCACUUCGGGGCUUAUUUGUUGGGACAGAGAGACUGGCCGCUCGUUGAGGAAAUAGUUGCAGCGAUGUCUAAAUCGUUCGUUGUCCCUACUUCAGCGAAACUCCGUCUGUGCCAGCCCGCAUUCAAGACGCUUGAGUUGGCAGAAAGGCUGGAGGCAUGUGGUGUCUCGUGGAUUACUCUACACGCACGCACCGUCUCCGCCCAGCGCAGAAGACACGGGCCUGCCGAUUUGUCCCAGGUGAAGCGCCUGAAAGACAAUUUAGGAGUCCCCAUAAUCAGCAACGGCAACGUUCGGACAUGGGAUGAUUUGGAGGCAAAUCUCAAGACCACUGGCGCAGACGGGCUUAUGGUGGGCGAGUCCUUACUUGGAAACCCUUGCCUCUUCGCAAACUACACACCCGACCCGGUCGCCAUCUCCCUCGAAUACCUCUCCAUCUGCAGGAUGUAUCCAGAUGUAGCGACCGUUUCGACAAUGGCAACACAUGUCCGCCAUUUCGUUGAUUCUCAGUGCCAUCGUCGUCCGUGGUACACCAAGUUUCGAACCACAUUGGCCAAUUGCCGGUCACUGGAAGAAAUAGAGGUGCUCUUGCAGAACAAAGUUCAGAGAUGGCGCGGACUGCGCCCGGAGGACGAUGAGGAACAGCCCCCCGAGAGGGUUGCUGAAGCGGUUGAAGAAAUUGGCGACAUUUUUGCUCAGCCGUGA